GAUGAUGAUGAUGUGUUCAUUGUGAGAAGCAGGACUGUAAGAUGCAGAAGAGCGUGCGCUAUAAUGAAGGACACGCGCUCUAUCUGUCCAUGGUUGCGCGUAAAGAAGGCGUCAAGCGCGGAAUCUUGAGUAAAAAAGCCGCAGAAAACAGCCGCUGGAACGAGAAAUACUUCGCGCUUUACCAGAAUGUGCUGUUUUACUUUGAGAACGAGCAGAGCGCCAGACCAUCAGGGAUUUAUCUACUGGAGGGAUGCACCUGCGAGAGGAUUCAAGCUCCAAAAGUCUCCACCAUCGGGAAAGAGAGUUCAGAUAAACAGCAGCAUUAUUUUCAGGUGAUUUUUGGCCAUGAUGGACAGAAGCCUCUGGAACUGCGCACGGAGGAGGAUGCCGACUGCAGCGAGUGGGUGGAGGCACUUCAGCAGGGCAGCUAUUCAGAUCUCAUCAUCGAGCGUGAAGUUCUCAUGCAGAAGUACAUUCACCUGGUGCAGAUCAUGGAGACGGAGAAGGUGGCAGCGAAUCAGCUGCGGCUGCAACUGGAAGACCAGGACACAGAGAUUGAGAGACUCAAAGCAGAGAUUGUUGUUCUGAACAAAACAAAAGAGCGAAUGUUACCCUAUCAGUCCAAUCAAGAGGAAGAAGACUCAGACAUCAAGAAAAUCAAGAUGGUGCAGAGCUUCAUGCGUGGUUGGCUCUGUAGGAGGAAGUGGAAGAUUAUCGUGCAGGACUACAUCUGCUCCCCUCAUGCCGAGAGCAUGAGAAAGAGAAACCAGAUUGUCUUUAACAUGGUGGAGGCUGAGACUGAGUAUGUUCUCCAACUGUCCAUCCUGGUCAACUGCUUUCUGCGGCCACUCCGAAUGGCAGCCAGUUCCAAAAAGCCCCCCAUCAGUCACGAUGAUGUCAGCAGUAUCUUCCUUAAUAGCGAGACAAUAAUGUUUCUCCAUGAGAUAUUCCAUCAAGGCUUGAAGGCGCGGAUAGCCAACUGGCCAACAUUAGUUUUAGCGGAUCUCUUCGACAUCUUGCUGCCGAUGCUGAACAUUUACCAAGAGUUUGUGCGCAACCAUCAGUACAGUUUGCAGGUUUUGGCGAACUGUAAACAGAACCGAGACUUUGACAAACUUCUGAAGCAGUAUGAAGCAAACGCUGCAUGUGAAAGCAGAAUGCUGGAAACCUUCCUCACCUACCCCAUGUUUCAGAUCCCUCGUUACAUCAUCACCCUUCAUGAGCUUUUGGCCCACACGCCUUACGAACACGUGGAGCGCAAGAGUCUGGAAUUCGCCAAAUCCAAACUGGAGGAACUGUCCAAAAUGAUGCAUGAUGAAGUGAGUGACACUGAAAAUAUUCGUAAGAAUCUUGCGAUUGAGCGAAUGAUCGUGGAGGGAUGUGAUAUUCUACUGGACACCAGUCAGACAUUUGUACGACAGGGUUCUCUGAUUCAGAUACCAUCUGUGGAGAAGGGUAAACUCAGUAAAGUGCGUCUGGGUUCGCUGUCUCUCAGGAAAGAGGGUGAACGGCAGUGUUUUCUGUUCACCAAACACUUCCUCAUCUGCACACGCACCUCCGGUGGGAAACUGCACCUGCUCAAACAAGGAGGCACGUUAUCUCUGAUUGAGUGCACGCUCAUCGAAGAGCUCGACACUAAUGAUGAAGACUAUAAUGCUGCUGGUCAAGGAUUCAACCAUUUGGAGUUCAAAAUCGUGGUUGAACCUGCCGAUGGGCCGCCGUUUUCAGUCGUGCUACUCGCGCCGUCUCGACAGGAGAAAGCUGCCUGGACCAGCGACAUCAGCCAGUGCAUUGACAACAUUCGCUGCAACGGCUUGAUGACCAGCGUUUUUGAAGACAACUCCAAAGUCACUGUGCCGCACAUGAUCAAGUCUGAUGCUCGACUGCACAAAGACGACGUGGACAUCUGUUUUAGUAAGACCCUCAACUCUUGCAAGGUACCGCAGAUCCGUUACGCCAGUGUGGAGAGACUUCUGGAGAGACUGACGGACCUGCGCUUCCUGUCCAUAGACUUCCUCAACACCUUUCUGCACACCUACCGAAUCUUUACCGCCUCUUCUGUGGUGAUGGACAAACUGGCCGACAUCUACAAGAAACCCUUCACAUCUAUACCUGUCAGGGUUCAGUAUCAUUCAUCUGAUCGUUUGUCCAUAAUGUCCAUCUGUCCAGAUUACAGUCUGAAGAUCAAAAGGCUUGCGCUGGACCAGUCCAAGUCCCUCGAGGUUUUCUUUGCCACUAAUCAAGGCCCCUGGAGUGGAGAGCACCUCAACAACAAAUCCCCUCGGCUGUCGCGCAAGUUCUCGUCCCCUCCGCCCAUCUCCAUCCCGUCUCGCACGUCUUCCCCCAUCCACUCCCGCAAACUGUCCCUCAGUUCCCCUGUGAGCUGUAAGGGUGGAGUUUUGGACCUGUCGCCAUCCACAUCCUCUGCAGCCAGCAGUCCCACGUCCACCUACAACCCUCUCGUCUCCUCGCCGCCUCCCACGUGCACCAAAGCUCCGCUGGACCUCAGCCGAGGACCUAGCUCCCCCGAACCCGGCCCCACAACCCCAGAGGAGGGCGGGGAGCUGCCACGUCUAGAUGCCUUCUGUGGAAAGCUGAGACGGAGUAUUCGACGAGCUGUACUGGACUCAAUAUCACUGGACAAGUUUAUUCCUGAGACGCCUGCAUCGAGUGAUUCUGCAGACAUGUCACCAUGCCGGUCCCCAUCCACCCCUCGACACCUUCGCUACCGACAGCUUGCAGGUCAGUCUCCGGAGAAUUCCCGCUGCGCCGUGUCCCCAGCGUCUGCGUUUGCCAUCGCCACAGCAGCAGCAGCUGGACACAGCAGCCUGCAAGGUUUUACCAACCUGGAGAAAUCAUACGAUAAAGAGUUCCUCAUUCGCAGAGCCGCCACUAACAGAGUCCUGAAUGUUCUGCGGCACUGGGUUUCCAAACACUCUCAGGACUUCGAGAUGAACGCAGAACUGACAUCGGCCGUGAUCGCUCUGCUUGAGGAAGUGCUGAGAGACCCUGAUCUGCUGCCUCAAGAGAGGAAGGCCACCGCCAACAUACUGAGUGCUCUUUCACAAGAGGAACAAGACGACUCACAACUCAAGAUUGAGGACAUUAUCCAAAUGUCUGAGUGUCCGAAGGUUGAAUGCUUUGAGUCGCUCUCUGCCAUUGAGCUUGCAGAACAAAUCACCCUACUGGACCAUAUAGUGUUCCGGAAUAUUCCAUACGAGGAGUUUUUUGGUCAAGGCUGGAUGAAGUUCGACAAAAAUGAAAGGACACCGUACAUCAUGAAGACCAGUCAACACUUCAAUGAUAUGAGUAACCUGGUAGCGUCUGAAAUCAUGGCCCAUUCAGACGUAAGCUCCAGGGCCAGCUCCAUUGAGAAGUGGCUCGCAGUCGCAGAUAUAUGUCGCUGUCUCAACAACUACAAUGGAGUGUUGGAGAUCACGUCUGCUCUGAACCGCAGUGCCAUCUACAGGUUAAAGAAAACAUGGGUCAAGGUCUGCAAACAGACCAAAGCGCUCAUGGACAGACUACAGAAGAUCGUUUCAUCUGAAGGGAGGUUUAAAAAUCUGAGAGAAACUCUGAAAAACUGUAACCCUCCAUGUGUACCAUAUCUGGGGAUGUAUCUGACGGAUUUGGCAUUUAUUGAGGAAGGAACGCCUAACUUCACGGAGGAGGGUCUCGUCAACUUCUCUAAAAUGAGGAUGAUUUCACACAUAAUAAGAGAGAUCCGUCAGUUUCAGCAAGCACCGUACAGGAUCGAGCUGCAACCCAAGGUAACACAGUUCCUUCUCGACAAAACUCUUGUAAUGGAUGAAGACACACUUUAUGAAUUAUCUCUGAAGAUUGAGCCAAGAAUUCCCCCUGCCAACUAAAUAAUUAUGUUUACACUGGACUCAAAUGCAAAGUCAGAUAUCAAGUAAGAAGCUAUUUAUAGCAAAUAAAAGAUCCAUACAUACAUCUGAACGUAAGAUAAAUAUGAUGAAAUUACCAUCCAGUACGGAAACAACAAGAUAUCCUUAUAUCGAUUCAA